AUGGACGACCAAGUCAAGUCUCGCCGAAAGCAUGACACCCAUGAGGUUGUUGACAAACCAAAUUCGCACGAUGACUUCAAGCAAGCGCAACUCGCUGGUGGUUGGAUCCCCGGUAUGGAUCCCAAGGUGGACUACACACAGAAUUUCGAAUUCGGUGGUUCACUCGGAACCUUGGCACUUAUGACUGGCUUCCCGUUGCUGAUGUGGUACAUGUGGAUCGGCGCUACCUACUAUGAUGGAAAGCUACCUCUGCCGCAAAACGGAGAGUCCUGGACCGCCUUCGGAAAGCAUCUAUGUCAUCUUGUUUACACCGGUGCAUUCCCACACUUCAGGGCGUGGCGCAUCUACUGGACAUUCUACAUCUUUGAGGCAGCAUGCUACAUCUAUAUGCCUGGAUUCACGUGCUAUGGGAAACGUCUUCUCCAUCUGCAAGGCAAGCGGCUGGAGUAUUACUGCUCGGCCUACAGUAGUUUGUACCUCACAAUUGCCGUUGUGGCCACUCUCCACUACACUGGACUUUUCCCAGUUUACACUAUCCUGGAUGAGUUUGGUCCUCUGAUGUCUGUGGCGAUUCUUUCGGGGUUUCUCGCUAGCUUUUUAGCUUAUUUCUCUGCAUUUGCUCGUGGCGCCCAGCACCGUAUCACUGGGUACCCAAUUUAUGACUUCUUCAUGGGAGUCGAACUGAACCCACGUAUGUUCGGGAUCCUCGACUUUAAGAUGUUCUACGAAGUCCGUAUCCCAUGGUUCAUGCUCUUGGGUUUGAGCUGUGCGGCUGCGACUCGCCAAUAUGAACUCUACGGAUAUGUUUCUGGUGAAGUUAUGUUCCUUGUCAUGGCGCACUUCCUUUACGCCAACGCCUGCGCCAAGGCAGAACACUUCAUCACCACUACAUGGGACAUGUACCAGGAGAAACUGGGAUUCUUGUUGACCUUCUGGAACAUGGCCGGUGUCCCUAUGUCUUACUGUCACUGCGUUUUGUACUUGGAUAGCCGCCACCCGUCGACAUAUACGUGGAAUAAAACUGCAUUGGCAGUACUGUUUGUCUCGUAUCUUUGCGUCUACUAUGUCUGGGACACUGCAAACAGCCAGAAGAAUGCCUUCCGCAUGAUGGAGCGAGGCAAAUUGGUGAACCGCAAGACGCUUCCCCAGCUUCCUUGGCGACAUGUUGACAACCCAAAGACACUCCAGACAGAGAAGGGCGAUACCAUUUUUGUUGAUGGGUGGUAUGGAUUGGCUCGCAAAGUCCACUACAGCUGCGAUAUGUUCUUUGCUUUGUCGUGGGCACUCAUUACCGGCUUCGACAGUCCCCUUCCCUGGUUCUACCCCGUAUUCUUCGCUGUCAUGAUUACGCACCGUGCCAUGAGGGAUAUCCACAAAUGUAAAGUCAAGUAUGGAACAACUUGGGAUGAGUACGAGAAGCAGGUUCCAUGCCUCUUCAUUCCGUACGUGAUCUAA